AUGAGCGGGAGAGACUAUGUAUCAACGAGUGGAGAGCUCCCUUCGCAGAAAUUCGAGGUCUCCCCUGUUCUGGCAGAACUUGCGACUGUAUUCUCCGUUGCGACGAACAACACCUUGGUCUGGACGAACGACGUGUUCGCCGGGCGCCAGGCUCUUUUCUGUGUCUUUGGCUCCGUGGUUCAGGUCGUGUUCGAUGGCCAAGCGCCGCCAGGCUGCACAGUGACGCUGGUCAAUGUCAUUCCCGUUGCAGAAGUUGGUUCCUCUUCGACAUCCUCUAUCAGCGAGUCACAACCGUCAAGUCUGAGCACGACGCUGGCCUCAUCUAGUCAAAUGACCAGCACAACAGCCAGUCUGUCCACGGGGUUACUCUCGACUUCCACUACGAGCCUGCAGACCUCUCCAGCCACAUCACUCGCGGCAAGCUCACAAACUGCAAAUCCGCCAACUCCACCUUCCCCUACGACAGCCUCACCGUAUUCGAUUCCAACCUUACAGUCUUCAUCGUCAACAUCUCCAGGCACGACGGCAUAUCCGUCUCCUACCACAACCGGCGUACCGAACUGCUUUGAUCGUUCACCAUUUGACGGCACAGUCAAUGGCAAUUAUCUGAUCCUUUGCGAUACGGAUCUUCCAGGCUUUGACUUGGACGCGGUACCGGCAUCUGAUAUCGCCGACUGUAUCGACGCCUGCAAUUCGUACGUGCCCGGAUCUGAAGGGCCGUGUAUUGCGGUCGAGUUUGACAUUCUUGCGGCUUCGAACCCAUGUCAGCUCAAGUUCGACAUCGGUGUCGUGAACAGGGGCGCGAAUGCAUUCGCCCAAGCUGCCAUCAUUGUUAAUCAGCCAUAUGCUCCUCAGAUUGUGUUUGCGGACAACGGAAGCAGCGCCUCAGACACGGUCAUCUUGGAGUCCUCCACCACGACUUCAAGCGUGUCUGUGACAACGCCUGAGCUGACAACCUCUGGGACAAGUGGUGGAUCACCGCUGCCGGAUACGUCCAGCCCUUCGCUCACGACAACUAUGUCCUCGGCAAGGAGCAAUCCAACUAGCGCUCCCGCGACAACCCAGCAAACGUCCAUUUCCCCUAUUGGUGGAGGCUCAUCAAGUACUACGACCUCAAGUCCAGGGUCUAGAUCCGGUGCUGCCGGUUCCUCAGUAGCUACAGCGUCUACAACAAACCAGCAACCAUCUAACGCUGCGACAAGUUCUAGUUUGUCUUCCAGGUCCGCUCCGAGCUCCUCAGCCUCCACAACAGCCGCCUCCACCCCAGCUUUACCAACAACUCUGUCUGCCACCACUCCUUCGAGUCUGCAGUCAACAACUGUUAGUCGCACGGGAGGCACUUCAACAACUACUUCAAGCUCAAGCUCAAAUUCAAGCUCAAAUACAUCGCAGACGACCACACUGACGACCACAUCUCCGCAAACCUCGGUAAGAAGCACGACACUGCCAUUGACUUCUACAUCCACGUCUCCAUACUGCUCUGCAAGCCCGACGACAAGCGCUCUCUGCCCCACAUACAAUCAUCAAGCCUUGAACGUCAACAGCGAUGGCGUCUGUUACGAAGUCGAGUGUUCAACAACACUACAGGGCAACAUUCUGAACGGCAACUCCACGACAGCCAGCUCCCUCAAGACAUGCCUUGGGUUUUGUACUCUGUACAACAUUGCUCUGCCGUAUGGGUGUGUCGGGGUCAACUAUCUCGGCUCGACGACUGGAAGCAGCCCGAACUGUAUCUUGCUGUCCAGCAUCACGAGCACAACCUAUAGUCCCGGCAUCGACAGUGGCCGUCUCCUAUUCCCAGGAUACCCAUCGAUCACCGAUCCCAUGCUAGGAACCACUAGCACCAGCACCCGCACCGCCACCACUACGGUCCCGGCCACGAUAUCCACUAAUACUAUAUCAACAUCGGUUUCGACAUCGACAUCAGUAUCAGUCUCAAUAUCACGUGCGACAACCAUCUCGACCUCGACCUCGACCUCGAGUACCACGACAACAACGACAACAACUUCAUACUCGCCCUUGAGCUGCGCGCCCGCCCCAUCUGCGUCGGCAUGCCCAGGAACGCCUCCUGCGACAUGUUACGACUACAACAUCUACGGCUCGGACGUCAACUACGAGAUCGAAUGUGCCACCAGCUUCACCGGCGCCGUCAUCCAGCCGCUGAUCGCCUUCUCCUUGGAAGACUGCAUCGGGUGGUGUCAAUACCAGAACCUGCUGCAGACCAACAGCUGCCUCGGCCUGACCUUUCAAGAGGGCGCCACUGGCCAAGGCACCGCCAACAAUUGCUUCAGAUACUCGUCCCUGACAUGCGCCACGCGAGGGAACGCCACCUUCGACAGCGCUCGUAUGCUCUAUUCCGGCUAUCCUCGCAUGACGGACUAUACUGACCCUAGCUUCGUCUGUCCUACGUGA